CAUUCAUCCACAUCCAUAUAAGAAUGAAUUGAAGACUCCACAAAAUAUAAAACAAACCAAUGUCAUAACAUUGUUCUCUUUUCAGUGGACAGCAGUAACUAAUUCUCUUGCCGCGGUAGCUCUCACUGUUCUCUAUAUAUCUCAUUUUGUUUCCACGUAUAGCAUUGCAUUUGGUCGAUCUGUUGAUGAAAUCAAAAUGAUAUUGCAAGUUGAAGAAAUUCACAAUCUCCUCAAGUCUCUACUCAAUCAUAACUCACACAUUCAACACCCUUUCCAUCUAUGUGCUCUCUUUCUCGCACUACUCGCCACCAUUCUCAUCUUCCCCUUCCGCCAAAACUCCCCUUCUAGUUCUAGUUCUCAUCAUCAAUCCUUCAUCACCAACGACAAUGAUGAUUUCAGCGAUGACGACGAUAGUGAAUACACUUCAUCAGAGUUUGAAGAUGAAGAAGAUGAAAAAGAAGAAGAAGAAGAAGAAGAAGAGAGAACAGGUGAAUGUUUCCGAGUUAAAGGUUCUUCCUGCGGGUUUACACGACGUCGUAGCAUCGACGAUUUCUUGUCGUUUCCGGAAAUAGCUAGCAGCAGAAGCGUUGUCAAACUGUGGGACCACAUAGGGUAUGGUUUCGAACAUUCCAGAUUCUCCGGCGGAAGCGUCGUGUCGGUUUACGAGGACCAGGGGCUCCAGCCUGGGAGGUCGCCGGCGGUGGUUGUUUCUGCCGGCGAUAGCGCGGCUGGGAAUUUGGGGCUGAGGAUUUGGGACACGCGCCUCCGGUGUGGUGUGCCUACGGUGAUGGCGGAAUCCGGCGGAGUGCAGAAGGUUUACGUCAGCGAUGACGGACGUUACGGUUUGACGGUUGUUGACAUGAGAAAUUCCCAUUUUGAUUCUUGGAUGCCAUAUUCCUUCAUGCUCUAGUGAGGAAUAGGGGAAAAAAAAGAUGAUGUGAAAGAAAAUUAAAACAACAUUAGAUAUAGGAAGAUGAAAUGGGUGAAAAUGUGAUCAAGAUGAAAUUAGAUGUAAAUAUAUCAAUUGCAAAAGCACAAAAUUUAAUCCCGACAAACAAAAUUGUAAUCAAGAUUCGGAGGGUUCAGUUAAUCUGUGAAGAGAAAAAAAUGUUAUUGCAUCAUCUUUGUUUUUUUUUUUUUUUUGAACUAUU